AUGGAUGCCGCCGGGGCUGCCGUGGGUGCCCCGGCUCGUCCCCGUUCGUAUGCUGAUUUGGUGGCGCAAACACCGCAGCCCAUUCCUGAGGUGGAGGUGCCUCUUCGUCCUUUGAAGAUGUUUGAAGGAGUGCCUUACGUUUCCUUUACGAAGGAAGAGAUAGAUCGCUCUGCCCAGCCUUUUAAGUUUUUUUUAGUUUUGAAGUUUCUGCGUAGGCGGCCAUCACUGGACAAUAUUAGAGCAUUUUGUUGGUGGCAUUGGGGGCUGGUUUUUCAACCAGUGAUUUCGGCGAUGGCUAAUCCUAGAUCAGUUUUUGUUUGUUUGUCAAAUGAAGAGGAUUUUAUAAAAGGAUUUUCACGUGAAGCUUUUGAAAUUGACGGUGUCCCAUAUCGUGUAUUCCAUUGGUCCCCUGAAUAUGUUGAAGAGCAAGAACUGGCUUUCGUUCCGGUAUGGAUUUUUCUUCUUGGGCUUCCUCCGAAUUACUAUCAUGAAUCGUUCUUAAGGAAUAUUACGUUACCACUAGGUCAGUUUAUCCGACGAGAUAAUUGCACUCGUUGUGCUACGAGGACGGAUGGUGCACGGGUAUGCAUUAAAAUGGAUAUCUCUAAACCUCCUAUGGACGAAUUCUGGAUUGGUGUCCCUAAUCAGCCGUCAAGCUGGUUGCAGGCUGUGGUUUUUGAAAAGCUUCCUCAGUUUUGUAUGCAUUGUUGCAUGCAAGGACAUAAUUUGAAAAUGUGUUCUAGGGAGCGUACGAAAAUUCAAGGAGGGGAUGGUAAGUUGCGGAAGAUCUGGGGCAGAAAGGAUAAAAAAAUAGAUGGCAAGGCUGGAUGUAGCAAAGAGGUGGGUACGUCUGAGGUCCAACCAACCUAG